AUGUCUCGUCCAAGACAUGCUGAUGAUAUACUCAAUAUCAAUGUAGGCGGAAAGAAAUAUACCGUUCGCCGUACUGAUAUGCUGGCCGACCCGAGAUCGAAACUCGCCGAAUGGUUCAAACCAGGUACUCUGAAGCCAAUUGCAACUGAUAAGGGAGGGAACUAUUAUUUGGAUCGCGACGCCAAAUGCUUCCGUCACAUUUUGGCAUAUCUUCGUUUGAAGAAGGAAAAGUUUGUGCCAUCAUUGGCUCUGCCCAGCAAGCCGGACGAUCUUGCCAAAUUGGUUGGUGAAUGUGAGGCUCUAAAUCUUGCGGAGCUCAAGGAGCUUGCUCUGGACCUUCUUCAAAAGUACCAAAGAACUGAAGAACAGCACUACGUCACCUCGUAUGUUCAAGUCACUCUACGUGAUUUUGAAAGUUGGCAGUUUGAGCGUGAGCAGAAUCAAAUUGCUCUCAAAAAGAAACCCACUAAUGAAGAGGAAUAUCAACCAAACUCUGCAUAUGAUGAAUGGGAUAAUCUGUAA